GGGAAGAUGCCGGUGCUGGUCAGGGAUUACACCUGGGAGCAGGUGGAGUCUCAGGUGUUCAUCACCGUGCCGCUGAGGGGAGUCGGCGCCGGGAGAGCAGAUAUCUUCUGUGCGGAGGAUUACUUAAAGGUGAACUUCCCUCCAUUUCUUUUUGAAGUGCUGUUAUAUGCUUCUAUUGAUGAAUCAAAAAGUUCAGCUAAAGUUGGCAAUGGUGUUGUCAUCUUCACCUUGCAUAAAAAAGAAUCUAGAAUGUGGGAACAACUUACAACUGUCGAAGUUAAUAAGGAGAAGUUGCAAAAAAAGAGGGAAAGUGCCAUUCUUGCUGCUCAAGAGAAGGCACAAGAAGCCGUAAAAGAAAAAGCAAUUAAAAAGCGAGAAAAUGAGAAGUACUCAUUGGAAAAAAUGAUGAAGAUUGAGGAAGAUCAUAGAAAGCAGAUUGAAGAAUUGAAAAAGCAAGAGCAAAGAAAAGCCACUGAAGAGCUAGAAAAGUGGAAGCUUCAGAAGCUUGAAGAAGAGGAACUAAAGAGAAAGGAGGAACUAAAGAGAAAGGAGGAACUAAAGAUCGCAAGGCAAAAGAUUGAGGCAGAAAGAAAGAAGAAGAAAGUACAAAAUUCUACUUCACAAGCACCAUACAAGCACUCUGUCAAACGAGGCAAUGCUAGCAAUAUAUUUACUGAAAAUGUGAAGGAAGAAAUCAUCCCAGCUCCUCGUUCAGCUGGCAAUAUUCAGAUACAAUUCACACCACGGGUUUUUCCUACCGCACUGAGGGAAUCUCUCAUUGCUGAGGAAGAGGAGUGGUUAAGAAAGCAAGCAGAAGCUAGGCGAGCUAAUAAUGCACAUGUCCCUGACCUUAAAGAUUUAAAAGAAGAAGAAAAAAAUCCAGACUGGCUGAAAGAUAAAGGGAACAAACUGUUUGCAUCAGGAGAUUAUCUUGCAGCUAUUAACGCUUAUAAUUUGGGAAUAAGGUUAAAUAACAAGCUUCCAGUUUUGUACCUGAAUCGGGCUGCAACCCAUCUUAAGCUAAGAAACUUGCACAAAGCCCUUGAAGACUGUUCCAAGGCACUUGAUUUAUUAACCCCUGCAGUACCAGACAAUGCUGACAGCAGACUGAAGGCCCAUGUUAGAAGAGGGGCAGCGUUUUGUGAGCUGGAGUUGUAUGUGGAGGGUCUUCAAGAUUAUGAAGCAGCUCUUAAGAUUGACCCAAGCAACGUGGCAAUACAAGCAGAUGCAGAGAAGAUACGUCGAGUGAUUCAAGGAAUUCCUCCUGAUCCCUAAAAUCAUUGCGAAGAAUGUCAAAGUUUAGCAUAUUUCUACCUUUCACACUUUUGUUAAAACUUGUAGAGAUUUGUAGUCAGAGCAGCAUCCAGUCCAGAUCCUCAAUCCAGUCCAGAUCCUUAAUCCAAAUCAGGCUUCUUUUAAUUUUCUCAGAGGAAUAAGAUAGAA